AUGCUGCAUCAACCAGGUUCCAAAUUGGUACCAAGCGCAUUGUGCAAUAGCUUGUCGAUGCAUCCGGUCCUCGCACCACCUCAAAGGCAGAGGACGCCGUCACAACCACUACUCGAGAAUUUGUUCGACUGGCACUCGACAUUGCUGACCGAGCCGAUCCAAAGCGUGCUCCCCCUGAGGAUAUCACGAGUAUCAUCAUCAUCAUCCUUGAAGACGUCAUUCAAGGUCGCCGAGAGUAUGGCGACUGGAACGAGAGUAGAACGGAUAUCAAGAACGAGGAGUACUUGCACAAGACACAAACGCACGAGCACUUCAAGUCAUCGAGGUCUUACGCAAUGUGCUUGGUUCUCAAAAGAAAGGCUAUCGAGAACAGCAAGCAGGUACGAAAGAAAAGCGAGAGCCGCAUCCGUGGGGCAAAGGGACGAGUAUCGCACCGAUCCACAGCUCUCGAGAACAUCUACAGCGGCUUGGACGUCGAAGAGCCGUCCUUUCAGGGUCGGAAUGAGACCAUGGCAGACAUCAAGCCGAGUCGAACGGUCAAACCGCCACCAGUAAUCCUCCAAUACGAAUUGGAGACUUCCGAAGACGAAGCAGACUUCGCAUUGUGGGCGUUUCUUUCAGAUUGCCAGAACAUCCGUCUACACCUCCAAAAAGUCUGGCAGGACUUCAAGGAGAAGAAACUGAGUCUUUCGGCUGCUGCCCAGGUUACCGAGGUGGCUUUCAGGAUCAUCAACCGUACUUCGGCAGCGUUCAUCCAGGACCAUCCGAACUUUGCAAGUUUCGAUCAUGUCGCAAAGCAUUUGGAUCUCGCAGUGGACAUGAAGGGUGAGACUAUCGAGCGCGCAAGCUUCAAUCAGGUACGAUUCCACCGAACCAAUGGCCAUUCAUCAACAACGGGAGAGCCUUCUGGCCCUUCUGUCACAAUUUGACUCCCAAAAUACCAGCUAACUUUAUGACAGGUGGGUUUCAAAGAUCCUGGUGACAAUUCUCAAGCAAAUGCAUCCCACAUCCUCUGCGUGCCCGCAUAUGCCUGUCUUUCAGCGGUUCGCUACAGCAUGUGCUCGCCAGAAGUGGACGCGGAUGUCUACACGCAGGAUCGCGCUGUCAACCAUGCCAAAGAAAGUCACCCAUUGAUGAUGGCUUUCCCUCUCAUGGCGAUGCUUGCGAACCUGUGCCAUGAGGAAGUCAAUGAGACUCUUCGAACAGGCUAUGUUUUCGACACCUUCACGCUCACGGUUCACAUGGCCAUUGGGCGUCCAAAUAGCCUGCCUAUUGGAGCAGUCGUCUGCACUCAAGCUUACAUGGACAUCAUCGAUGCUGUUGGGGCUUCGCAGCUGCCCUCAAAAUCCCUGGCAGCCAUGAAGAAUUAA